AUGUCAAAAAGUGUCACUGUUCUUCAGUGGGAUCUUCGCCCCGCGCCUGCCACUAUCGGAGACACCUUCGGGCGAAGCCCGAGGUCGAUCUCGGUGAACUACGGCUUGCUUGUGUCGGCGCGAUGCCAGGCGCAUAGGGUUCUUGCUAACCUCCAGGCUCAAUACCCCGCCGAUCGCCUCCUCGUCCUCAAGGUCGACGUGACCAUUCACAGCGACAUCAUCGCCGCAUUCGAGAAGACGCGCGAAGUCUUCGGCUGCCUCGACGUCGUCGUCAGCAACGCCGGCUACGCCGUGCUCGGGGAGGUUGAGGGCACGCCCGAUGACGUCGCGCGUGCGUUGUUCGAGGUGAACUUCUGGGGAUCGGUGCAUGUCAUGCAGGAGGCGGUCAAGUUCUUCCGCGAGGUGAACGCGCCGGGGAAGGGCGGGCGCGUCAUCCAGAUCUCCUCCGUCAUGGGGAUCGUCGGCUUUCCGGCCUGCGGCUUUUACAACGCGACCAAGUUCGCCAUUGAGGGCAUUACGGAGGUCCUUGCUAAGGAACUCGAUCCUGCGUGGAACAUCAAGAUCACCGACAUCCUCCUGGGCGCGUUCUUGACUCAAGGCGUGCCGAGCAUGGUGAAGGUCGACCCGCUCCCCGCGUACACCAAGCCGGAGCUGCCUUCCGCCCAGGCACGCAAGGCCAUGCUCGCGUCGCUGAAGGAAGAGAAGGACCCCAACUUCGAGAUCAAUUAA